AUGGUGGCCAAUAGGGCUCUAAAAUCAAUAAAGAAGCAUAAGAAGGGGUUGUGGUCACCCGAUGAAGACCAGAAGCUCAGAAACUAUGUUCUGAAGCACGGUCAUGGCUGCUGGAGCUCUGUUGCUAUCAAUGCCGGUUUACAAAGAAAUGGAAAGAGCUGCAGAUUGAGGUGGAUUAAUUACUUAAGACCGGGACUAAAGAGAGGGGCGUUCAGCGUAGCAGAAGAGGAGACGGUGCUGUCCCUUCAUCGAAUAUUAGGCAACAAGUGGUCUCAAAUUGCACAGCAUUUACCAGGAAGAACUGAUAAUGAGAUAAAGAACUACUGGCAUUCUUGUCUGAAGAAAAGAAGAGUGGUAAAAAUGUCUGAAACUGAAGCUCAGACUACUAAAAAUAACUACAAAUACGGAGAAAUUCGAGGACUAGAAUCAUCAACUUCUUUUCAACACAUAGAAAGAUUGGCACAACAGUGCAGUUUUCCUAAGGUUCUUUUCGCAGAGUGGCUCUCAUUCGAUCAUUUCAAGAAUGAAGGUAAUCUUGACAACCAUAGCUCGAGUCCUGAAGACAAUUUAGUCGAUGGUUUGCUGGUUAACGAAGGGACGUCUUGUAGUGAAUCGGACAGGAAACAGGACGAGGUAUCUGUGGAUGAUAUGCUUAGGUUGGAGGAUUUGGAAAGUUGCCUGAUUGAUUAUUUUCCAGGAGAAUUCUGCAUGAGUUAUGAUAUGUAUGUAUGAGAGUUGCAGAUGCAGAAGUCAGUUAUAGAAGUACUUACGAAUCAUAUCCAUAAACCAAA